AUGGCCACAGGCGACCGCUCUCUAGCUCAGUCUAUGUUGUUCAUGAUUGAUGCGGCCCUGUCCCGUGCAGUCGCCCAGGCAGUCGCGAUGGGUGAUGUUGGCAGUGUCUACGAAGGGAUCAAGAUGAUGCUGUUCAACUUCGCAGGGUCGGGCCACACAAAAUACGCGGGAUAUCUCCUGGAGAUGAUAACAUCAUUGGAGUUCGAGUCAGACGAAGCAUUACGGACAUUGUUCCUCCGAAAUUGGCUUGUGAAUCCAUCUGGAGAAGCAGGGCGGCAUCAGGAGGGCGACCUCAUGCAAGAACAUCUGAACCUUGCACUCGAAGAGGCUGUCCAACGGAGUGGAAGCGAGUGGGAUGGAAAGUUGAUUCGUGACGUAAUCUCGAGGAAUAUCCACUAUUUUGUCGACCUCAAGAAUGGCUGGGGCGAGUCAGUGGGCUUGGCGAAACGCAAGGGAUAUCAUCCCGAGCCACAUAGCAAGCCCGAGGUAACAACGUUGCUGCGAGUCUACAAGGAGACACACCUUCAUCAGUUCAUGGCUGGUCGGUCGUACGCGUCUUCACCAGCAACAGCCAAUACCCACAAAGCUGGUCUCAUCAGCCUGCAAGCAGAGAAGCUACAAAAAUGGAUCAUUGAUUCCACGCGUGGACGAAUGCUAAGGAAUGACACACCCGGCGCCAGCACUCUGACCGAGCUGCAGAGACAAAUGGACGAACUCGACGUGCAGGACACUGCGGAGGAUGAUAUCCCCGGACCAGCCACCGUCGAAGCUGCUCCGCCGCAUAGAGUGGGGCGUGUGCGAUUAGUUGAUGGCGAGCUCGUGAUAGAGAUGGAGGAAACUGAUGUGCGGAAGUUGAUAGGCAGUGGCGAGGGUGAGCUUGAUGAGGAGCCUGGCCCGAGUCCCGGUGAGGACAAUGACGAAGAAAAGGAUACUAACGAUGAUUAUAUGGACGAGAUUGAUGAUGUGUAG